CCAAAAAAAAAAAAAAAAAAAAGACAGCCAGUUUCGUUAAUCCUUAGUCUAACGUGUCAGUCAUGGCGAUAGUGUUGCUGCCACCUCUGCACCUCAUAACUGGUUAAUCUCCAUACCCAUUAGUAUCAACACGCCCACUCUCUCUCUCUCUGUGCUAAAAUCUCAGAACCUGGUUUCUGCUUUAGCCCAGUCGGCAGUCGCUUUUUCUUUUGGGAUUCAUUAAUUUCCUGGAUAUUGGGAUUUGAAUACUUUGCUACAACUUUAUCCAACCUGUUAACAUGUAGUUCAGCAGGAAAGGCAUCAAUAUGACGGAUUUGAUGGCAUUGUUUUCUGAGUUAAUGACUACCAUAGCAAUUUUGGUGACAAGGCCUUUCUCUCUAUUCAAAUUAGCAUACUUGUUUGGCAUGAAGCCUGUUAUCAUUAUUAUUCGCACUUGGAUAGAGUUGGUAAGGGCUGCAAUUUGCUUCCAUUUGAAUCUGUUCUGGAGAAUCACGAUGAUGACAGUCGCUCUUAUAUCUCUGCCUGUACGAAUUUUGAAUGCCUUACAGAAUGAGAGGCAGCUCGAACUGUAUCUGCAUGACAUGCAGAUUGACUUGGAGAAUCUUCUGUGGGAUAAUAAGAAAUUACAAGAACAUCUUCAAACAGCCAUUAAAGAACGUAAAAUGAUGGAGUUGAUAUUAGAAGAGCUUGAAGAGGAACACGACAAGGCCAUUGCCAAAAUUGAACGGUUAGAGGGUGAGUUUCAGCAUAUGAAGAAUGAGAAUCUUUGGCUGAAAGAAAUUCAGGGUAAGGGAGAUUGGAGUAUUAGAAGUCCAGAUGACAAGGGCAAUGGCCAAAACACUAGCGUUUCUGACAAUUAUGGAAUUCCCUAUGGGAUCUCAUCGUUGAAAUCCAGUUAUAAUGCAAGUGGUAUCUUUCUCCAGGAUCUAACGAUGCCUAAAGACACUUGGGGGGACGAGAGCAAAAGAAAAACGGACAUUAUCAAUUUCUUAAAAACCAGAUCAAAAUCUAGUGAAAUCAUCGCAAGACAUUCAGAUACAAAUGAAGUUCUUGACCAACGCAGGGAGGUUGCACUAUCACAAAGUCUUUUCAGUGCAGUAUUAUCGCUUUUGGUUGGAAUGAUUGUGUGGGAAGCUGGAGACCCUUGCAUGCCCCUUGUAGUGGCUCUUUUCACAGUAGUUGGAAUGUCCUUGAAGAGUGUAGUUCAGUUUUUCUUCACCAUUAAGAACAAACCUGCUUCGGAUGCAGUUGCUCUCUUAAGCUUCAACUUGUUCAUACUUGGCAUGCUGACCUACCCAGCAUUGCCAAGAGUUGCUACAUUGUUGGCUCCACUGGCUUUGAGGUUUGUGGACCAAACAGUGAGCUGGUUUUGGUCUCGCAUUCCCACAGCUUGAAAAUGCUCGGCUCUUUACUUUUCUUGUACAUGUAUCAUAGAUCUCGAGUUUGUUUAAAGCAGUAAUACUCUUUAUAGCUUGUACAGUACAGGUUGUUUAUUGGUCCUUUUCUGUUAUUGUCUAGCAUGAAUGAACUUCUGUAAUAAAUUUCUUUUAACCUUCAUUUUCCGAGGUUGCUUGAUGAUCAUUUAUAUUGGUA